GCAUAUCACCCUUUUCACAUUUAAAAUUGAGACCCUACUAACAAAGUGAAUGGGAAUUUGCUUGUUUCUUUCUUUUUCUGUGUCUUUUAUCCAACUGGGAUGUGAAUCCAUGUUUCAAGUAUUUAAAUAUACCGCCACAUUUUUGCAAUCUAUGCAAUAAUCAUAAACAACAUUUUCUCCCAUUCGCUCAAAGAAAAUGAGGAAAUCAUACUCCUCUUUUCAGCUUUUAGCAUUUUUGUUAUUUGUUCACGUUAUAGCAACUUGCUUAGCCUUGAAUAUUAGCACUGAUCAAACUUCUCUUCUAGCCUUGAAAGCCCAAAUUACUUUAGACCCUUAUCAGAUUCUUUCAUAAAACUGGACUUCAUCAACCUCUGUUUGUAACUGGAUUGGAAUCACUUGUGGCUCUCGUCAUCAACGAGUUACUGUACUGAAUAUUUCAGACAUGGGAUUUUCGGGUACCUUCCCACCACAACUUGGUGACCUUUCUUUUCUUGUUUCGCUUGAUCUAAGCUACAACAAUUUCCAUGGUGAACUUCCACCAGAGUUUUCUCGUUUGCGAAAAUUGAGAAUUAUUAAUCUUAGUUUCAACAACUUCACUGGACAAAUUCCUAAAUUUUUGGGUGAAUUUCAAGACCUUCAAAUGUUGUCUCUUGAAAACAAUAGUUUCAGUGGGUUCAUUCCUCCUCCUAUCUCUAACAUGAAGAAUCUUGGAUUCUUGAAUUUGAGGUACAACAAUCUGGAAGGAAAUAUUCCAACAGGAAUAGCCACUCUUCGGAGUUUAAAAUGGUUGAGUUUUGGAUUCAAUAAACUCAAUGGCUCCAAUGUGCUCUCCAUGUUCAACAUCUCGACACUAGAAUAUUUGGAUCUCAUAAAUGCUGGUUUAAUUGGUGAUUUUCCAUCUGAUUUGUGUCGUCGACUUCCAAGAUUACAAAGGCUUGGACUUAAUUUCAACAUGUUAAGUGGAGAGAUACCAAGAAGCAUAUCAGAAUGCUCGGAACUUCAAGUCCUAUUGUUGUUGCAAAACAACUUUAUCGAAAAAAUUCCAAGAGAACUUGGGAAAUUACAACUGCUGCAAAUCUUAACUCUUGGGUUCAACAAGUUACAAGGAACAAUUCCUGAUGAGAUUGGUGAUCUUCAUAAUUUGAAACAAAUGGGCACAGAAAAAAAUGCACUAAUAGGCUUAAUCCCUUUAACCAUAUUCAACAUUUCAUCACUUCAAGUUUUAUCAAUUUGGGAUAAAAGAGAGGGGGGGAGAGAGAAAGGAAAGAGGGAAAGCUGUGCGUAUUGCACGAAAAUGGAGUGGCAACGAUCUGCCAUUGUUGAAAGGGAACUGAGCUUUGGUCGAAAAUGGAAAGGGAUGAGGGAGAAGAGAGAAGGAGGAGUUGUAAUUCCAGAUGAAGUCGGUAACCUUCAAGAGUUGUUGGAGCUGAAGUUGGACUUCAAUAACUUUAGUGGGUCGAUCCCUAUUGGUAUAUUUAAUAUCUCAACUCUUGCAUCUAUUUCACUCACACAAAAGCACAUUUCAGGUGCAAAUAAAAUUGAUGGUGUCUUACCUAGUUCCAUCUCAAAUUUGUCUAAGCUUACUGUUCUCGAACUCAGUACAAAUGAACUCACAGGUUCAAUUCCUGACUCUCUAAGGAACUUGAGACUUAUUGAAAUUCUCAACUUGCAAGGUAAUGCCUUCACCAGUGAGUUUUCAAUGUUGAGUUUUAUUACUCCUUUGGCCAAUUGUAGACACUUAAGAGAACUGAUAUUGUCACUCAAUCCCCUAAAUGCAAUACUUCCAAAAUCCAUAGGCAAUCUCUCUUCUCUUCAAACAUUUGAGGCAGUAGGCUGUAAUCUCAAAGGCCAUGUUCCAAAUGAAAUUGGAAAUUUGAGAAAUUUAUCUUAUUUGAAGCUGGAUUACAAUGACUUUACUGGAAUUGUCCAGGUAACAAUAAGUUCAUUGAAAAAACUUCAGCAGCUUUCACUUGAUGCAAACAGAAUAAGUGGUCCUUUCCCAAUUGUUUUAUGUGAGCUACCCAACGUGGGCAUGCUAAACUUUUCACAAAAUCAAAUGUGGGGUAGCAUUGCUAGUUGCUUGGGGGAAAUGACUUCUCUAAGGGAGAUUUAUCUUGAUUCCAAUAACUUCACUGCUAGCAUACCUUCAAGUCUUUGGAACCUCAAAGACAUUUUGAAGCUGAACUUGUCUUCAAAUUUCUUCAAUGGUUCACUACCACCAGAAGUUGGAAACCUCAAGGUUGCAAUACUUCUGGAUCUUUCCUGGAACCAAAUCUCAGGCAACAUUCCUAGUACAUUAGGAAGUCUACGGGGAUUGAUUCAACUGUAUUUGGCUCAUAACAAAAUUGAAGGAUCUAAUCCUGAGACAAUAGGAAACCUAUUAAAUUUGGAAGUUUUGGAUAUUUCAAGUAACAUGAUUUCUGGAGUGAUUCCAAAGUCAUUGGAGGCACUUAAGAAACUAUACUCUUUUAAUGUCUCAUUCAACAGGUUACACGGUGAAAUUCCGAAUGGAGGACCUUUUAUUGAUCUCCCUUACCAGUCUUUUGUGUCGAAUGAAGGACUGUGUGGUAACACUCAAAAGCAUAUCCCAGGUUGUCCUUCUAAUUUAAAGAAUCAUCCUCAUUCAGAGAAAAGAAGAGUGGUAUGGAUUAUUGUUGCCUCUUCAGUUAUCGCUUUAGUAGGGCUUGCGUCGGCAAUAGUUUUCGUGUUGAUAAGAUGUCGUGGUAAACUAGUCAUAGGUGAAGAUGAGUGGUCGCCUAAGGUAGCACCACAAAGAAUUUCUUUCUAUGAACUUCAUAGAGCAACGCAUGGCUUUGAUGAAAAUAACUUGCUAGGUAGUGGAAGUUUUGGUUCUGUUUACAAAGGGACAUUAGAAGAUGGGAUGAUAGUAGCUGUUAAAGUUUUCAAUGUGCAGUCGGAAGGAACAUUUCAAACCUUUGAUAGAGAAUGUGAGAUCUUGCGGAAUCUUCGUCAUAGAAAUCUAACAAAGAUCAUUAGCAGCUGUUGUAACUUAGAUUUUAAAGCAUUGGUACUUGAGUACAUGCCAAAUGUGAGCUUAGACAAUUUGCUAUAUUCUCAAGAUUAUUCUAUAAAUAUAAUGCAACGGUUGAAUGUCAUGGUCGAUGUCGCAUCUGCUCUAGAAUAUCUCCAUCAUGGUUACUUUGUACCUAUUAUUCAUUGUGAUAUGAAGCCUAGCAACGUCUUACUUGACAAAGACAUGGUGGGCCACCUGGCAGACUUUGGCAUUAUAAAGUUUCUAACAAAAGAGGAAUCUAUUGCUCAUACUGCAACCUUUGCCACAAUUGGUUACAUUGCUCCAGAAUAUGGAUUGGAAGGCCUUAUAUCCAAGAGGUCUGAUGUUUAUAGUUAUGGUAUAAUGUUGCUGGAAACUUUUACAAAGAAGAAACCUAAUGAUGAAAUGUUCACGGGAGAUGUGGAUUUGAGAAGCUGGGUGCACAGUUCACUUCAUGAUAAGCUGGAUGAAAUCAUAGAUGCUGACUUACUAACAAUAGACGAAGAGAACUUAAAUGAAAAAUUACAGUAUGUGUCAUCAAUCAUGGAGUUAGCCAUGAAUUGCACAGCUAAAUCUCCAAUUGAAAGGAUGAACAUGACUGAUAUUGUAGUAGCAUUAGAAAAGAUCAAGCAACAACUUUCUUCCCAAUAUUGAUCGAACGGCCUAAUGAUAUGACAUCAGGUACUUUCCAUAUCCCUUUUGGGAUGUAAAAACAAAGCUGUAAAUUUCACUAGUAUUUUAACCAUCAAUAAUUGUUCUGCAAAUGUUAUGCAGGAGAUUGUGUGGAUAUUGUAAGUGUCCUUCGUUGAGAUGAGUCUUCUGUACAAUGUGUU